AUGUCGCUCCAGGCUGUUCUUCGCAGGGCAGCGCCGCUGCGGCACGUCACUCCGCUUCGCCACGGCGGCGGGGCGGCGGUGCUCAUCGGUGCGCGUGGCAUCAGCUGGAACCCUGCCAAGUGGGGUAGCGGUGACCCCAUUGGGCGUGAGUCGCACCGGAACAUCGAGGAAGAGCUGCCAGAGGUCUUCGCGCAGCAGCCGCUUGAAGUGGACGACUUCAUUCGCCCUGAGCGCAGUGUCUUUGAACGACUCGAGGACUUCUGGGACUGGAUCGUCAGCUUCAUGCAGCCUGUUGAGAAACAGAUGGAGAUCAUGCGUAGUCUGCGGCACGACGGCCUCCUAGGGUACGACUUUGGCACUUGGGGCCACGUGUUUUUCUUUUACGGCGUCGUCAUGCGUCUGUGCACGCUGCUUCCCUCACUCUACAGCCACCGGAACGCGCUGCGGAUGGGUUACAUCGGGCCGCAGAUAUCGGAAAUCACCAGCAGCCAAAACCGUGCCAAGAACGAUCGCACACUUAGCACCGCCGAGAAGCGGGUGAUAAAGGACGGCUACAAUCGCAUGAAGUAUGCGCUGAUGAAGAAGCAUGGGUGCGCACAGUGGAAGAGCUUUCUCACAAUGAUUACUGCGCCUAUUACAAUGUCCGCCUUCUUUUCCAUCCGUCGCCUCGCUGUGUACGAGACGGAUUUGGAGAGGGCACCAUUCCUCUGGGUGAAGGACUUGACAAUGCCGGACCCGACGUACGGGCUGCCGCUAAUCUGUGCGGGGAUGUUCCUGAUGAACUUUGAACUCAACCAGCAGAUGCAGCGCGGCGGUCGCAGCUCCAGUGGCAUUUACCUCCGCUGGGGGAUGCGUGCGGGGUCUCUCGUUGGCGUUUACAUGUUCGCAUCGCAGCCCUCUGCCAUGUUUGCGUACUGGAUUGGGUUAUCAACAGCGGGCCUGCUGCAGCCGCUGCUGCUGCGGUGGCAGCCGUUCCGUGACCUCUUCCACUUCCCCGACCCACCACAAGCGGCGAAAUCGCAAAUCAUAGCGGAGGUGAAUGGUCCGUCGAUAAUGGAGCGGCUGUUCGCCUCGAAGGAGGAGAAGACGCGACGCGACGCGGAGCGGCAGGCUCAGCGCGAAGAGCGCAACAAGAAGAAAUUUGAGAAAAUUGACGACUACGAUGACGUCAUCUUUGCUGAGGACGACAACGCGAGCAAGACAAAAAGGAGGCGCUAG